AGUCUUGAAUAUUGGAAUAAAGAGGACAGUUGCAUAUUGGCUAGCUCCGUCAUUAGUCGUCUUUUAUUAUACGCGAUUUCUCCCUGUUUCAGGUUUCUACAAAUUCAGUUAUUAUUUGACAAUUAAACAAGACACAUAAACCGAAAAGGAUAUCAUUAAGAUGAAGAAACAAGAAGUCUUUUCAAGACAAUAUCGUGCUCAAAUGAAUUCAAUUUAUUAUCUUUAAAUAGAUAAUAAAAAAUGAAAGAUUCGCAAAACUUUAGAAGAUGGACACAAAACAGGUUACUGUAAAGCUUGGCUCCGAUACAAAACAAACGAAACCAACGAAUACGAAAAAGAACAACAAAACACAACCUUCUGUCGAUUUAAACAAGGAGUUUCAAAAAGCAAAAGAAGAAAGUAAGAUAACAUUGAACUUGUCUAAGUGCAACAUUACAGUGGUUCCGGGCGAGCGCAUCAAAGAGCUGACAAAUCUUGUAGAAUUGUAUUUAUAUGGAAAUAAAAUAGCUGUAUUGCCGUCUGAAAUAGGAUGUUUAACACAACUUCAGACACUGGCACUAAAUGAAAAUCAGCUCAAUUCAUUGCCUGAAUCACUUCAAAAUCUAACUAAGCUGAGAGUUCUGGACCUUCGCCAUAAUAAACUUGGCGAAGAUAUUCCAGAUUCAAUUUAUAAACUACGAAAUUUGACAACACUUUAUUUGAGAUUCAACCGUAUUCGGAAUGUGAGCGAAGAAAUCAGGAAUUUGGAGAAGUUAACAAUGUUAAGUUUGCGUGAGAAUAAGAUCAAAAGUUUGCCGAGAGCCAUUGGAUGUCUUGUUAACCUUGAUAUACUCGACAUUAGUCACAAUCAUUUGGAGCAUUUGCCCGAAGAAAUUGGUUUGUGUAAGAACCUAAGCGCUUUGGAUCUUCAACAUAACGAUUUACUUGAUAUUCCCGAAACUAUCGGGAAUCUUGUGAACCUUGCUCGUCUUGGCUUGCGUUACAAUCGAUUGACUGUCAUUCCACAGUCAUUGAAGAAUUGUACAAACAUGGAAGAAUUCAAUAUUGAAGGAAAUUCUGUUUCGGAGUUGCAGGGAAUUCUCGCAAACCUCACGCUACUCAACAGCAUCACAUUGUCAAGAAACUCCUUUGGGAGCUUUCCUUCAGGAGGUCCUGGAAUAUUUCAUGACAAUAUUACUAGCAUAAAUCUAGAGCACAACCAAAUUGAUAAGAUUCCUUACGGGAUUUUCUCGCGAGCCAAAGCACUUACAAAGCUUAACAUGAAAGAAAAUUCAUUGACACAAUUGCCACUUGAUUUGGGUAAUUGGACGAACAUGGUAGAACUGAAUCUAGGAACGAAUUCAAUUUCAAAACUUCCCGAUGACAUUCAAUGUCUUCAACAACUUGAAAUUUUGAUUUUGUCAAAUAAUCUUUUGAAGAAAAUUCCAACAACGAUUGGAAAUUUGAGAAAACUUCGCGUUUUGGAUUUGGAAGAAAAUCGUUUGGAGGGAACGAUUCCAUCGGAGAUUGGACUUCUUCAUGAUCUGCAAAAACUUAUUCUUCAAUCAAAUCAAAUCACUGCAUUGCCAAGAACUAUUGGACAUCUUUCGAAUUUGACGUAUUUGUCAGUUGGUGAAAACAAUCUGCAGUUCAUUCCUGAAGAGAUAGCAAAUUUGGAGAACUUGGAAAGUUUAUACAUUAACGAUAAUCCUUUGAUUAAACUUCCUUUUGGACUGGCAUUAUGUCAGAAUCUCGCCAUCAUGUCGAUUGACAACUGUCCACUAAGUUCCAUUCCUCAAGAAGUUGUGGCUGGCGGACCUUCACUCAUAAUACAAUAUUUAAAACUGUUAUCGAUAUUAGUGAUCACCUUUUUAUCGAUUAUACUCACAGUGAAGUGUAAUGAAACGGAAAAGAAAUUUUUAACUUGCAACGUUACCAAUUCUACACCUGAGAACACAGGAUGUCCUAAUAUAUCAAAAUGCAUUGAAAAUGUAACUUUGAAUGGAGUUUUACAAGGGUCUUGCGUAUGUGCUCCCAAUUAUACCGUGAAUCAGAAUUAUUCUGCUACCGAUAAUUCUUCGCAAUAUUGCAUUGAGAACAAGUCACCUCCUGCAAUACAAACAACAAUUAUCACACCAACAGUAACAACUCCAAAGCCUCCAGUAACAACAACAGCGAAAAUUGCAACCUCGUCAAAUAUUCCUAUUAUAAAAUCAACCGAACCAGCGGCAACUUCAACUUCGUCAUCAACAACAACAACUUCUACAAUAGCAACAACAAAGAAAACUGAAACUGACGUUCCAGAUGAAAAAUCUGACGUUAAAGUGGCGCCAGCACCCGAACCUCAUCAUGUGUUGGGAGGAAUUUUGCUGCCGAUUUUUAUAGUUUUAGCAUUCAUCGCCGGAGUUUUUGUUGUCAGAAAAUAUGAUGUGAUUGACCGGGUUCAUGGAUAUGUUCGUAAUAGAAAUCAACAAACUCGGUACAAUGGACUUAUGGAGAAUGACUUUGAUGAUGAUCCUCUGCUGAUUUAAGUUCGACACAUUUGUUGUCUCUUCAGUUCCUGAACAUAUUUUAAUCCAAAGAUUGUUGCCUUUCUUCUAAUAACAAACUUUAUAAAGAAAAAACUUCUUAAUUUUACAGUUCACGCGCUUCAGACAUAAUUUUUUUAGUUUAUUUAUUUUUAUCAUUGUUGUCGAGAUAAGCUUUUGUUAUAUUUACACAGACUAUUAAAUAUUCGAAAAUCUUUUUGUGAUUUCAUCGUAGAAGUUUGGUUUAGAUAUGUGACAUUGUACACAAUAAUUUUAAUUGAUAUGAGUGUGAUAAUAGUGAGACAAUUGCUGAUAAAAAAAGGAUGGAAGGAAAAUUAUUUCAUAAUAUGAAAAAUCUAAAUUUAUUCAAAUAAUUUAAAUUCAAUUUCAACAUAAAUUAAAUUGUGCUAUUUCUGAAAUUUACCCAAAUAAAAAAAUUUCAAAAAAAAAUGUUGGAUGGAAGUUAAUUAAGAUUCU